CCAGGCAACGUUGAGGAGGAAGCAAGGGGCUGACUUGGCGAUGGUGCGGACAUGAGGCUGUUGGGUCCCCGCGGGGUCCACUGGGACUUGGUGGUCUCUUGAGUGACCGUCUCCAAGGGGUAACGGUACCCAGGUUACAUGGGAUGGGCAACGUCACGGCAACGGCUUGUAACCCGGUUACGAAAGAUGGCACCACCAUGGCGACAGCUAGUCACCCAGGUUACAAAUUCUCCAGGGUGUCUCACCAUGGCAACCACUGGUUGCCAAGGAGGGGUGGGGUGUCACUGGUAUUACCCAGGAUACACAAGCCCACAUACAGGCACUGCCAUGGCAACCGCUGGUUACCCAGGUGACAUGUUGCCUGGGGGUCACCGCCACAGCAACCGCUGGUUAUCCAGGUCACAUGAUGUCUGGGGGAGUCACUGCCAUAGCAACCACUAGUUACCCAUAUCAUGUGGUGCCUGGGGUCACUGCUAUGGCAACCAUGGGUUACCUGGGUCACUGGCUGCCAAGGAGGUCACUGCCAUGGCGACCACAGGUUACCCACGUAACGACAUGCCCAGGGAUCACCAUCAUUGCAACUGCACAAAGUGGGCAGAUCCAGGGAAAUGGGUAAUGGGCAUCCAUUUGAGGAAGGGGCAGUUUCCCCCCGCCCUCUCCCUGGGUUACCAACCCUCAGCACGUUGAGCUGGCUCAGGUCGUCCCCUUCCCGUUUGAAAGCCAUGGCUGAAAAGGUAAGGAGGGGAGUCCUCUCCUGGGCUGGAGGCCUCUCUUGGGCUGGAGGCUCAUGGCCUUUACCGAGCGCAUCCCCCGGGAUUGUGGGGGCUGUAGUUCAUCAGACGCCCAUGAUAUCGGGGGAGAUGGGGCGCCUGGACUACAACCCCCGGAGUGCACCUGAAUCGCACGCCUGCCGGGGCACGGACAUCGCAAUGGUUUUCGGGAGCCGUAGUCUUUAAGGUGCCAGAUAGAACAGCAGGUAAGGUGCCAAAGAACUACAACUCCCAGAGGAGGCAGCGGCCCCGGUCGCGUUCUCCGCGCAAAUUUUGUUUCGCGUUGCAUUGCGGGGUAUGAAGUUCUCUAGGCGAUGAUUACAAUGAAGAGAUGGGGAUCCACGAACUACAAAGGCCAUAAGACACCGCGCAGCAAUGUCUGGUGCGGCUCCAACCAUCGAAAGAGGGAGAGGAGAGACCGCACCUGCGCGCAAUGCCAUCUGGACUUUGUAGUCCACCGCGGCCCAGGGCGCCAGAGGAGCGGAUGGGAAUUAACACUGGCCGUGAACUACAACGUCCAGGGGUACGAGAGGAGGCUCGUCAUAAAAGAUAACCAGCAGAACGGCAGGGAAAAAAUCCCAUCCGUCGGAUCUUCGCCAUAAUCAAAGUGAGGCUCUCGGAUGAAAAUAACAUUUUAGCGUGGCCUAUUUGUUUCCUUUUCUCCGGGGAGGGUGUGACUGUUGAUGGAGUGGAGAUGGGAGAUUCAAAAUGGCGACAGUAACUGUCAGCGGUUUGGACUUCAUAUCCCAGAAUGCCCUUCACACCCGAGGAUGCAUGCCGGGGGAUGUAGUCCCGCAGCCUGUAUGAGAGACAGGAAGCUGGUGGGACGGCUCGAAGGACAUCGGACUACAGGUCCCGGCGGGCAGUGCGCGAGCCGGAAGUCACACCGUCUCAGUUGUUGUUGUGGUCGUUGUGGGGUCGAUGGAGGCGGCUGAGGGCGGAGGUGCCGCCGCCGAGUGCGGGUCCCUGAGGGCGUCGGCCCGCGGCACCAGCCGCUCGUACGGCAGCACCGACAGAGGCCCCGCCGCCGGUCAGCGGCACCUGGAGCAUCGCCCGAUGCCCGGGGACACCCUUCAGGGGCUGGCCCUCAGAUACGGAGUGAGCACAGAACAGAUCAAGCGGGUGAAUCGACUGUACACUAACGACUCGAUCUUCCUGAAGGAAUGCCUGCGGAUCCCCAUCCCGAAGCAGGGGCCCCUGCAGAAUGGGAGCACGGUCCCAGAUGGAGCGCCGGGACAGUCCGAACCUGCCUUGGACCCGCUCAGCCCAGAGCUGUCACCGAUGGAAUUCCUGAAGAGGCUGGACUCCAAAAUUACCCAGUCCAAGGCAGGAGCUAUCCGCAAACUCAGUGAUGGAGCAGGCAGGCUGGAUGGGGCAGUGGACGGCGGUGCCGGUUCCCUUGUGGCUCGCGACUGUCACUCAGAGCGGCCCCCGGCAUCACGACACACCUCAGCGCAGAGGGCACGCCUGGGUCCCAUGUGCCUGACCAGAACCACCCGGGUCACCACCUUACGGGAGAUGGAGGACCAGAUCUUUGACCUUUGACACCCACCCGCUGGCCAGCUCGGGCCGUGGGUGUGAGCCUAUGGGACCUUGCCCAAAGCCAGGCCACGGUUUGGGUUCGAGCAGCACUGGACAAUGAGCUGCGAAGCUGCAAGGCCGCUCAAUUUCCUGGAAUUUGUGACUCUUUUUAACGACAGAAACAAGAAACUUACGGAAUCCAGCAGCCCUGCGUUGGCAUGGACGCACCUAUCCACAGUUCUCACCCACGGCUGACAUCGUGGAGCAGGAGAAAUUCUCUCAACAAAUGUGCGACUGCUGGAACUUUGGAGCAACUGAACAACUCUUCCAGAUGGCGGGGACAGGAAUUCCGAGUGUGCACUUAUCGCCACCCUGUCACGGGCCAGGCUGCACCUUCUCAAGUCUCGGAAAUCUGAUCAUCGAGGGAGCGGACUUUCGGAACGCAUGUUUACAAAUUGGUCGUGAUGCUCUGUCACGGUCUCUGAGGGACUCAGCCCUUUGCAGUCUCACACACUCUCCCCGUUGUUGUCUCUUGCUAUCUUGCUCACUGUCUCCCCCGCGCUCUCUCUCUCCCUGUCGCUCUCUCCCGCGCUCGCUGCCUCCAC